AUGAUUUAUGUUAUCAUUUUUCCUGCCGUGGCAUUUUUGCUAGCCUUCAUCAUUGGCGUAAUUAUUGUUCAACUGAAAUGGGGACCGCGAAUUUGCGGCCUUAGACAUCAUGCAAUGCCCGAUGAACGCGAAUGGGAAGAGGAUAAAGCGUAUGACCAAGGAAUCAGCUACGCUUAAUUCCCAUGGACAUUCCAAUGUAUUUCCAUCGUUUGGAUGUUGAUACCAUCGCUGCCACCGUCUCACCCCAUCCUCCUCUUAUCAACCACCACAUUCCAAAUUCCUCUCAUACAUUUACGUAUUACCGUCCCAAUGUUUUAAAUGAAAAGCCAUUAAUUUUGUUUUGUAUUUUGUAGCACAACGAACUUUGUCAGCUAAUUAGGACUUAGAAACUAAUGACUAGAAAUUUUUAGAUACUUUUUGACAAACAGUUAAACCGUACGAAACUCGAUCCAUACCACUUGACUGGAAUCGGAAUCUUACUUUUUUUUUCUCCUUUUGGUAGACGAAAUUAAGUCAAGCACUUUUGAACCAUUUACAUGUUUAAGAAAUGAAACAAAGAAUGAACAGAACAUUCCGUCCAAACAAUUUACAUUUUUGAUACAAAGGCUAUUUUUUUUCUCUGCGUAAACAGAUGUAUUUUUUAGAACAAAAAAUAAAUGAAUAACAGCGGUAACAAAUAA